AUGUGGGGAGGUACGACUACCCGCUCCCGAUUGCGGCAAACCAUCAGCUCCCUAUGGCAUGUAAAUGAGGUCCCUGAAACACCCAGAGAGAACUUCGUCACCUCAACAACAGACGUAAAGCAUCGCUUGAGCUUCUCUCGAGAGAAGGAGAUUGUUAGCAACCUCGCAUUCCUCUCAGCCGUGUCUGACGAUAACCUCAGGGUGAUGGCUGUCUGUAUUGAGGAAUAUAGUAACGGCGAGGGUAUCACAAUCCGGAUAGCAUCAAACACUGGAGAUCUUUCAGAAGUCACUGCGGGUUUUAAAAAGCUUGGAAAAAUCCUAAUGCAAGCUGCACGGCGAGAGCGACCCAGAACUGAGGAUAUAGGGGCUCUUUUCGGGGAAGUUAUUGCCCUCGAUAUAUUUCGAAUUCUCUCCCGGCUACGGUCGCGACAUGCAGAAAGCAAGAGGUCUUUUAAAAAGCCCGCUAUAAUCCUUCAGCUCCAGGAGGUGAUCAAGGAUAGAUCCAUUGGGGGUGGAAUAAGCCCCAGCCUUAAGGCUGAAGUAGAAUCUUUGCGGGACUUAUUCUUCAAAUUAGAGCGUCUGCCAAGUUUGAACUCCAUGAGAGCUCAAGCACACGAGUUGCUGGGUAGGAUUGUGAGGAAGGCUUAUGAUCUUACAUUGGUCACUGACCUCAGCAACGUCUUUCAGGGCUCAAAACUCGACCCAAGCCUGCUGAUGCACCUACCAGUAGCAAUCGGCAAGCUUGGCCGGUAUUACUCUGCUGCUUCCGAGCUUGUCUGUGCUGCAAGGAACAAGCAGUGCCCGGUAUUCCACGACAUCCGGGUGGAGCCAUUCGAAGUCAAUAAGCCCGGCUCUAUCCCCGAGAUCGGGAGGAUUCAUGCCGAGGGUUAUCUGUUCUAG